AUGUGGCAGUAAUCAAAAUUGAAAGAAUAAUCAAAUCUCCUAUUCUUUUAAGGAGGGGCAUCAUCACUUCAGAUAAACUUAUUGCCUAAUCCUAUUUCUAUACUUGAAGGAAAAAUCAGAUUAAAAAUUAUUAAUUCAGAGAAUGAAAGUUCCAAAUUUUAAGAACUAGAUCAAAUGAACUUAGAUUCAUUUCUAGAUAAUUUUGAAUAUGCUGAAAAACUAAUUAUUUUUACUUUAUAUUUUACAAAAGAUCAAGAAAUUCAAAUAUCUAUUUGUAAGAUGAAGAAAUUUAUUAUCAUUUAUAAAGAAGGGGAAUUCCAUUAGGAGUAAGAUUACUUAACUAAUCUGGACUUGACAUCAUGGUUUAAUAUAGAUUUUUAACUAAAAAACAAUUAAAAUCUAAUAGUUUAAAUUAACGAAUAGAAUUUCAUAUUUUAAUUACAACAACAAGAGGAUUUGCAACCCUAAUUUUCCAAGUUCGUUUUUGGAGUUAAUAUAAAUGAUCAACUAUAGGAAUCAAAUGAGGAAUUCAAUUGUUCUAUUGAAUUAUUAGAUUAAUGCUCAUUUGAAGGAUAAGUAUCAGAAUUUUACUUAAUAAUAAAUAACUCGAAGAUCUAAUUUGAGCAAAUUAAAAAAACAAAUUUAAAGCGAUAAACAAUGAUAUUCAUUAAUUCAGAAGUCUUUAAUGAAAAUUAGUAAAAAUUUGAUGAAUUGUUUUCUAUUUCACCAGUUUUGCAAAAUGAGUGUAAAAUAUGUUUUCAGAAUGUCUAUAAGUUAGAUAUGAAAAAAGGAAUUGAUUUCAUCCAAAAGUGUGGAGGUUUCAAUAUCUUUAAUAUGAUUUUAGAUUUAUUAUAUACUGAAUGUGAAAAUACAAAUGCAAGGGAUUCUGAAUAAAUUAUCAUUUUGGUAUUGAAAAUAUUUUAAGAAAAUAUGAUGAUGUGGAAUUCUAAGGUGAGUAAUUUUAUUAAUUCCUAAAAUCUAUAAAACAUGGAAGAGAAUUGCAAAAGAUGGAUUAACAUAAAUUAAAUGAUUUCAAAUGAAUUCAUCAUUUAAUUAUUAUUAAUCUAUUCGAAAAUGUAAAAUGAGUAAUCAUCCUUUUUAUUUCUCAUUACUAUAAUUAAAAUAUUAGAUAAUCAGUUCACUACCUUUGAUUAAAUAAAGCUCAUAUGUACAAGUAGUAUAAUUCAGACAUUGAUAACCUCAAAUUGUUUAAGAAAAUUCAUGAACAUCCAUUUGUAUUAUGAAAGUAGAUAUUUAUUUGCUUAAGUGUCAAUAAAAAUGAGUUAAGCCUUUAUGAGCAUUGAAGAAAAACAUUUGUUUUCCUAUUCCUUAUCUAAAUGCAUUCAAUAUUAAGGGGAUAUAUUGAUUCCAGAAAUUAAUCCCAUUACAAAUUUUUUUAAUUUAUUAGUGAGCCAAAAAUGUUUUAAUUUAUUCACUUUAGACAUAUUAUAAAUAAUAGAUAUAUUGAUAAAGGAUAGAAUGAAAUAAAAAAAUAACAUAAAAAUUGAGGAAGAAACCAUUCUAAAUAGUUUUAAAUAUAAAAUUUUUCAAAUUUUAAAGAAUGAUAAUCGAUCAUUUAUUUAUGAAUUUGAAGUAAAUGAUAAAAUGUAUGAAUUGACAUUUUCAAUUUAUUCAUCAAUAGUUUUUUAAUUAAGGUAGAAUUCUAAAGAAAAUGGAGAAUUGAAUACAUUAUAAAUUUAUUUUGAUUAUUUCCUCAAGAAUAGAAUUGAAGUUGGAUAAUUAUUAAUUUCAAAAGUAUUAACUCUAAUUAAGUAAUUUGAGGUGGAUGUACUAUUAAUAAAGAAACUCGUAAGGUUUUAGAAUUAAUUGAUGUUAAAUCUAUUAAUAAAGGAUUCAGUUAAGAGAACAAUAUUAAUUUGGUAUUUGGAUUUAUUUAAAAAUGCUGCUCUAAAAAAAUGGAAUUCAGACAUUUUAAUUUUAAAACUAGUAAAAUUAUAGAGUUUUCCUAUGUUGAUGAAAAAUCUAAUGACUAUUUCUUUAGAUAACAAGCAAAACUCUUUAGAUUUAUUCACAUAUUUAGUUAUAUAUCUUAUAGAAAUGUAUCCAAAUUUGACUAGCGAGACCUUAUAUGAAGUGCAUAUUUAAAGCUAAAUACUUAGUAAUGAUAGUUUUAAUUAAUAUCUAUAGGUUGUUUAUCAUACAACAAUCUCAUUUUAUGCUCUAAAAUAAGCGCAGCCAUUUCAAGGAGAAAAGGAUGAGAGUAAAUUAGUAAAUAUCAUAAUUCUAUAUAUGCAUAUCGAAAAAUGUAUUGGAGAGAUAUCAAAUUUUGAAAUUGUUGAUUGGAACUAGUACUCUUAGAUAAUGGACAAGGGCAUUGAUCUAUUUAAUUAUUUAGGAAUCUUAUUUUAUGAUCAUGACUACAUCAUUCCAGAUUUUGAAGAUACUUUUGAUUUAAAAUAAAUUAAAGAAGACUAUAAUAAAAUGAAAAAGUAAAACAAUAGAAUUCUACCCAAUGGAGGCAUUAAAAGGUUAAUGCAAUAAUUAAUUGCACCUUUUGUGAAAAUUCCAUAAAUGAUUAAACCAAUAAGAAAUUAUUUAUCUAUUAAUAAAUAUAACAUAGAGGGUAGAAUUGAUUAAUAAAGUUGUCAAAGAAUUAAAAAAUUUAUUGAUUAAGAAUUCUCAGUUUAUCUAUUUAUAACAAAGAAAUAAUACAGAUAACAGUUAACAACAAUGUUACAUAAUGCAGAUCUUAAUUAAGGGAGAAUAAGAAUCAAGGAGAAUGGAUCUAAAUUAGUUAAGCAUUAUAAAUUUUACUAACUCUUAGUUUAUUUCGCUCUAUUUGAAAAUAAUUAACCUAAUGAUAAUUAAUUAGAUAAGUAAAUAUUAAAGAACUAAUCAGAACUUUAAGAAAUACUUGGACAAUUUAAACUGACCAGAACUAUGGAUUGGAAAAAUGUAGAUCCUAAAUUAAUUUAAUGUUUUUUUCAUCAACAAAAAGAAUCUUAAGAAUAAAUAUUGAAGGCUUUUAAUAAACUCAAUACGCUAAAGAUGUAAGUCUAAUCGAGUAAAUAAUCAAUAAUAAGCACACAUGAUUUAUCAUAAAUAGAUUUAUCCAAUAAUGAAUUAGCAAAUUCAAUUCGAUUAAGUAUAUUCAUGGAUAUUAUAAUUUACUACCAAUUAAUUCAUAAACUUUGGGUGUUGUAUCCUAUUAUUAUGGAACCUUAAGAGAAACAGAGGACAUAAAGUAAUUUAUUAGUUUAUCCAAAAUUAUCCGUUCUAACCUUAUUUGAAGAUUCUUAUAAGGAAUAAUAGAGGACACAUAGUUAGUAUUAAGAGUCAGGAUAUUAGUCAUAAUGUGGUUAAGUUAAAGAUUAAUUAUAAUUAAUUUAGCAAAAAUUAAACAGUUUUAUUUACAACAAGAAAUGUAAUUUUAAAUUUGUGGAAACUAGGCAAUGGAAAUGGGUAUUUGAUUUGUCAGACUUCACAAGAAAACACCCAUUUUUACAAAUUACUAAAAUUAAUUAAUUAUAUUGUUCAUAAGAUGAAAUAGAUCAUUAAUUUGAUAAAUAAUAAAUUCAGAGAAUGAAAAAAGAAUAAGAUAUUCAAAAUAAAAUUAAUAAUGCAAUUAUGAAUCUUAGAAAAAGAUCACCAGAAAACAAUUAGGUAGGGAUUACUAAAUAUAAUUGUGAAUAUAUAACUUAUCAAGGGGUUUAUUAAGGAGUGUUGAAAUUUAAUGAAAUUAAUUAAUCUCUUCAGUUUGAAUAAUAAGAAUUAGAAUCAGAAGAAUUAUUUUCGAGUCCACAAGUUAUUUAAACAACAGAGAACAUAUUCCUUGAAAUUACUCUCGAUAGGAUAAUGAAUGUGCACCCAAGGAGGUUUUUAUUAAUGGAGAUUGCUAUUGAGAUAUUUAUUGAUAGAUAGAAUUACUUCUUCAAUUUAUUUAAAAAUUCAGAAUAAUAAUUACUAUUGUAAGAAUUUAGAAAGAAGAAAGUUUAAGUAAUUGAUCCAAAAUAAGAAUUUAAGAAAAUGAAUUAUUAAGAGAAAUGGGUUGAAGGAUAGUUAUCAAAUUUUCACUAUUUAAUGUUAGUGAACAUUUUUUCAGGAAGAACUUGUAACGAUUUAAGUUAGUAUUUUGUAUUUCCUUGGGUCAUUUAAAACUAUAAAUCUUAUCAAAUUGAUUUCUAUUCCAAAGAAGGAUCAGAUACAUUUAGAAAUCUCAAAUUACCAGUCGGUGCAAUUGCAAAGAAUUCUGAAUAAAUAAUUAAAGAUUAUAUGGAGAGAGAAAUAACUUCUACUAAUGGGAACUAUCAACAUAAACACCAUUACUCAAAUGCUUAAACAGUUCUCAAAUAUUUGAUAAGAUUGAUCCCUUCAAAAUUGAUGGAUGAAUUCAGUACGUCUGAAAGACUAUUUUCAAGUAUUGAAAAUUUAUGGGAAAAUAGUAUAAAUUAUGAUAAUAAGGAAUUGAUUCCAGAAUUUUACUAUAUGCCUGAAUUUCUAAGGAAUAUUAAUUUACAAUAACAGUCAAGAAUCCCUGUUGUAGAAUUGCCGAAUUGGGUUAAGACGUAGACACCUGAAGAGUUUGUUUAUAUAAUGAGGCUAGCACUUGAGAGUGAUACAGUGUCUAAUGAAUUGAAUCACUGGAUCGAUUUGAUAUUUGGAAACAAAAGUAUUGGAUAAAAUGCAGUCGACUCUGCAAAUAUGUUUCAUCAUCUAACAUAUUAAGAAAAUUGGAAUAAAUUGUUAAACUAGAGUAAUGACUACUUAGCAAUAAAAUAAUAUUUAACUAAAAUUUAAGAUAUUGGUUAAACACCUAAAUAAUUAUUCAAGAAGAAUCAUUAAAAGAGGGUAUAUAGUUUGUAGGUAUUUACAAAUGAGAUCCCUGAUUUUGGCAAUGAUCAGUUAAAACAAAACAAGUUGUUUGUCUUUCAAUAAUUUGAUCGGUUGACAGAAUUAAGAAAAUCAUAAAUUUUAGGGUUUUAUCCCUAUUCCAAAAAAUGCAUUUAUAUAUUGAAGACUAAUGAUAAGAACUACAAUAAUCUAACAUUAUUGGAGACUAAGCAUUUCUAAGAUCAUUUUGAUUUUUAUCCUGAGAUCUAACUUAAAUAGAUGUUUGAAUUGCCUGAGCUAAAGACGGACGGGUGCAAUCCCUAAAAUAUGUUCAGCUUCAUUUAUGAAUAGUAGUUUGAUUUUGGGGAUGGUUAUGAUUCUUAGUAUUAUAGUGUUUUUGAGGGGAAAUAGAAUUACAAGUUGUAUUUAUGUUUGGUAGGAUUCCUUGAUGAAAGCCUAAAAAUCUACGAUUUAAGGAAUAAGAUGAAGAAAAUUAAUAUCAAUUUUCCAACCUCAGACUUAGAGAGACAAAAAAGGACAUCAUGUGUUAGAUUUCAUGCUGUUUCAAAGAUUUUAGCCAUAGGAUCAUUAGAUGGUUUACUUCAAUUAUUUUAAAUUCAAUUCAACCAUUAGUUAUAAGUUAAGGGAGUCUUUACUAAGUAAUUAGAAAAUGGAAUUUUAUGUAUAGAUUUAACUGAUCUUCUUAUUUUAACAAUAGACUAUAAGAAUAUUGCAAAUCUAUUGAGUUUAGAAGGAAAUGUAUUACAUACAAUUUAUAUAGAUAAAUCAAAUAAGUUCUGGCAAUGUUGUAUUUAAAUGUAAUUUCUAGUAUUUAAGAGCGUUAACUCCUAAAUUUCUAUAUUUACAAUGAAUGGAGAAUAAUAUGUUAAGCCUAUGACCUUAUUGGAGAGAACUUCUUCUAAAAACAUUAUGUUCACAACGCCCUUCUCAUCUACAUUUUUGUUGUAUUCCUUAAAUCAAAAAGAAGAUGAAGAUAUGCCUAAGUUUGUACCUGUAAUUUAUUAUUUCGAUAUAUUUGAUUUAAAGUUCAAGUAAUAAUAAUUUGGGUUCUUAAACUUUAACAGAAUAUUGGUCAAUAAGGGAAACCUAAGAGGAAGCGGAAUAUCAGCUAUACAUAUAAGUUUUAUGAGAUGUAAAGUCGAUAAAUAGAAAAAGAUGAAACAUAUUUAUUUGAUAGCUGUUGAUAAUCAAAUCUUAUAAUACAUGGAUGAACAUUACGGUAGGAUUUUAUUUAUGACAAUAGAUUAUUUAAAAAUGAUGAAGUAUUAUUUGAAGAAAAGAGAAGUUUGA